CUUUACGGUCGCAGUUAAAAGUUAACAUUCGAAUGUCACCAAGUGACUGAAUUAUUGUUUUUAUGUGAAAUUUCUUAUGGGAUAUUUAGUAGGCCAGACUAUUUAAUGAGAAACGAACGAACAAGCGAACGCGAUGAUCGCAGAAAUGCUGACUUCUCGGUCCUCAGAGCCAUCGUAUUUCGUACGCUGUGAUUAACCAGCACCCGGCGCUCGAGAGUGCCGAAAGUCUGCUUGCUUGUUACUGCUUUGAUUAGUAGAAAAGGUGAUUAUUACUGAAAUUAUUGCUAAGGAGCUAUCAUAAUUGCAGGAUCACCUCGCUAAUAUACGAAUACAGUGAGGACAGUUGCUGGCAAGGAUAAAAAUUUGAGCAAGUUGAUUUUAAAAUCAAAUGUGAACAUACAGUGAAGAUACAGUGUUGCCUACAUGGCUUAACCUCAAAAUAGUGUAUAUCGUGAAAAUUCAUAGAGUCAUUUUUAUUAUAAUCAAGAAAGUUAUGGAAAAUAGCAAGGGCAUAGUUAGGUGAAGGAAGAUACGACAGACAAUUGGCCAGAUUCAGGUGGAGAUGAUAUUAUAGAUUCUGUGGAUUUUUGUAAAGUCAAAAACCUUGAAACAAUCAUGUUUUACAAAUCAUCAAUAAAUCACAUGAAAGAGGUUACGCUGUUCCAGGAAAAGUUAGAUAGAGAAAUAAUCAUAGAUUUAGAGUGCAAAGAUGUUAAACCUGAAUUAAAAUCUCCAUCAACAACUAUCUUCAAAACUGAGAAUCAAAGUUAUCCACUAAUCGUGAAAAUAAAAAAGCAAGUUGAGAACAAUUACAGAGAUGAAAAAAUUCCUGAAAUUUUAAUAAAAAAAGAAGUGGAUUAUAGUAGUAAUUGUCAAUUGCAAGAAAAUUCUCAAUUGGACCUUGACAAAUCUGAGAAGGAUAAAAUAUUUGGAAAAAGUAAUUUGAGUCGAAAAACCUAUAAAGAAGAAGCAUAAGCAUAAGAGCAGUAGAAAAUAUGAAUGUGGAAUUUGUUACAAAUCAUUUGGACAAAAAAGUGACCUCAAACGUCACGUUAAUGUAAUACAUGAUCUUUGUAAACCCUUUGAAUGUGAAAUUUGUCACAAAUCAUUUGGACAAAACAGUCAUCUCAAAUCUCACAUUAAUUCAG